AGGAUUACUUCCAUCUUGGCCCGAAGAUCGCACGCAGGUCCACAGCCCGUUCCCCCUGUCGUCGUCUCCCGUCCCUCCCUCCAUACCUCCACCCCCGAGUCACCGACGACCGCCCCAGGCGCGGGCGCACGGCUGACGGCCCCGUCAACCCAGGUCCCAGAAGCUCGGCCCCCUUCCCUGUUCUCCGCUCGGCGUCACCGCCCCCGGCCGCUGCCUGGCGUGGAGUGCGGAUUCAUCCCGGACCCGGGCCGAUUGCUUCUCUCCUCGCUGUGAUUGAAGCAGGAGGUGCCAGGAGUUAACCGGAGAUGAAUGCCCCAGAUCGCUACGAGCGCUUUGUUGUGCCCGAGGGCACCAAGAAGGUGUCAUAUGAGAGGGAUACCAAGAUUGUGAAUGCUGCUUCCUUCACCAUCGAGCGUGAGGACCACACCAUUGGUAACAUCGUUCGCAUGCAGCUGCACAGGGACCCAAAUGUGCUCUUUGCUGGAUAUAAGCUCCCUCACCCUCUUCAGUACAAGAUUAUUGUUAGGAUCCAUACUACGAGCCAGUCUUCCCCGACACAGGCCUACACCCAGGCUAUCAAUGAUCUAGACAAGGAGCUCGAGUACCUUAAGCAAGCUUUCGAGGAUGAGAAGACCAGGUACGAGGAAAGGGCGAAGCAGGGGUUCUAAAUCCAUGGUGCCGGAGAUCUGAACUUAAAAGCUCUGGGUUAGUUUAUCAUGGGCAAAGUCACCUUGAAACAAUCGCACAGGGAUUGUGAGCAUGAUGCAAGAGCAAGACUGAUGAUCCCUGAACAACUGGCGCAUGACUUGUAUUGAAACGAAAUGCUCAGGGAUCGUGCAAGUUUGUAACAUGACUCCAGACUGAUCCCUGAACUACCAGUCAGUACCUUGUCUCUGUUGUUGAACCUGUGCCAAGAGUCCAGGACAGCGUGGUUAAUCAUCUGCCAUCACCCCAUGUUCUGUGUUCUCGUGGGAACCAUCAUGCUCGUGCCAAUUUCAUGUUAAUUCUGCGUCGUACUAGUAAAUAAAAAAUGUGGUAAAGAAUGGUA